AUGGCGCCGAAGAAAUCUGAACCAACCGGAGAGGGAGCUGCUGCUGCGGCAGCAACGGCGGCUGCUGCUCCCGCCCCCUCUCUGGGACCGCAAACUCGAGAAGAUGAGUUGGUGUUUGGGGUUGCUCACAUCUACGCCAGUUUCAACGACACUUUUAUCCACGUUACCGACUUGUCGGGCCGUGAAACGCUCGUGCGCGUGACUGGCGGCAUGAAGGUGAAGGCGGAUCGCGAUGAAUCCUCUCCCUACGCGGCUAUGAUGGCUGCAGCAGACGUUGCUGCGAGGUGCAAGGAUCUGGGUAUUACUGCCGUCCACGUGCGUGUGAGAGCCACUGGCGGAACGAAGAGCAAAACUCCUGGACCUGGCGCGCAGUCUGCUCUACGGGCUCUUGCUCGUUCUGGGCUCCGCAUUGGUCGCAUUGAGGAUGUAACUCCCAUCCCCACGGAUAGCACUCGCAGAAAAUCGGGAAGGCGUGGACGCAGGUUGUAG